AUGAUUGCAGUCAAACAGAAGGACACCAACCUUGCAGUCAACUUGCAAAUCCUCACCAAGCAAGCAGAUCUGAACGCAAAUGAUCUAGUCUCCUAUGUGGCAACCAAUGACAACAUGGCCAAGGCAGGAGAAAAUCUCAUGGCGAUGAACCGUAUAGAGGGAUCCUCACACAACCUUACUUUGAAGGCUAGAGCUGACCAAGAAAGAGAAGAAGCUUAUGAGAUCGAAGAGGAUGAGAUCACAUCAACUAGUGACAUGCAAAUGUAUGUUGCUUUGUUCGUCAAGAAGUAUGUGAAGAAGUUCCCAAUCUCCUCCAAAGAGAAGAAGAGAACAUGCUACAACUGCGAUGAAGAUAGUCACUUUGCAAAUGAGUGUCCUUAUGAGAAAAGAGUUGACAUGCCAAAGUUUGUCAAAGGUGUCAAGGCGAGAUUGAAGCCAAAUCCAAUCAAUGAACGAUACAAGAAGAACAAGGGGAGAACUUUUGUUGGGGCUGAGUACAUUUCCGAUGAAGAGGGAGAAGAAGAGGAGAAGGAGGCUGGAGUGGCUGGUUUGGCUUACUCCGAACCCGGGUCACUCUUCACAUAUGAUUACUCCAAGGACUAUUCAACAGAGUCUUCGACACCAAAUGAUAUUGGUUCUUCCUUUAUGGCAAGAACAACACAUGAUGAUGACUCUGAUGACAUUUACCCCUCUACGAUCGUCGGCUCUUGUCUAAUGGCAAGGGAAGCAAAGAUAAUGGAAUCCCCACCUUCUUUAUCUAGUAUUCUUGAUAAUCAUGAUGAAGUUGCUAUACUUAAGGAUCUUUACAAAGUUAGAUGA